UUAAUCUAAUCAGCAAUUUAGAAUUUUUAAGUUACAACAAUGUAUUAAACUAUGUAGUGGUAGCAGACCUCUUGGGUUAUUUUUCAGAGUUGAAUUGUUUUAAUGCUUGAAAUGUCUUGUUAUUGCCUCUCAUACAUCAUGCAAUAGAGCAAACUGUACAGCUUCUCACAUGGUCAAGGUGCACUAGAAAGUGUGUAAACUUAUAAAUCAUAUACCUUGAAUGGAGUUAAAAUUGGUUUGGAUAAAAGUGCCUAAGUAUACAUUUGUGAAAAAUCUGCCACUUGCUGGAGUUGGGCCUUAGUUAACAUCAACAUAGACUCAUUUCAUUAAAAGAGGAAAUUCAAUGAGGAACAAUAGUUUACUUUCUUCCCUUAAGCUUAAUUAUCAGCUGAACCUUUACUGUAAAAAAGAGGGACAUUUUUGACACUUACCAGAAUGAGGCUUUACGGUACUGUGUUAAAUGUGAAAGUAACACGUUCAGCUAUAAUCUUUCAGCUGUAUGUGGCGUCCUACUUUUAUCACUGUGCUCACUUGUUAGUUUUCACUGUGAGGUUUACCACACUCAUGAAAGUGGGUGGAGCUUAUGGUGUGAGAUACACAAAAGGCAUCAUCAAGGGUUCUGUCACUCUUGUCAAAGCACACGCUGAACUUUAAUGUGACUGAAAUUGAGUCUUCAGAAGUGAAUAUUUCACAGGAGCACUCUUUAGGUUAGCGUGACAAAGGACAUAAACCAUGUGUAAUGAGGAGUCUCAUUUACCCCACAUGUAAUCUUGCUGUGGGUGGAGGUGUUUGGAGCAGCUUGCAGAGAUGUUCAGUGUCUUUUUCACGUAGGAGGACAUUUUGAAGACACCACAUGUGAGUUCAACUAUGUUUGCAUCAUUUAUAUUAUGUGUUUCUUAGCUUAUGAUUGAGGUGUGAGUCAAAACUGGUGACAAGUUAAACAAAUAUAUUUACUUUCUGACUAUUGAGUAUUUUGAAUUAACAUUUGUGAGGUAUUCUUCUCCUGCUUCUCAGGAAAUGUCAAAACUUAAAGAAAAUACAAAUGUAUACUUGCAUGAAGAAUAUAACUGAAAAAAAUAUUGGAAAAUGUUGCAAGGAAAAACUAUCUUUAGGAUUUAUUGAUGAAAAUGUGAGCUGUGAGCACAUCCUAAAAGCAUUAAACAAAUAUUUUAUGCAUUAUUAAAGAAAUAAUACACCAAGAACUGAAAAAUUCUGUCAUGAUUUACUCACCCUUGUCACAAACCUGUUAGAGUAAUUUUUGUUUAGGUUCACGUAAAGUAAAUUAUUUUGAAAAUUGUGGAAACUUGUAAACAUUUACUUCCAUAGCAUUUGCUUUUAUCAUUGUGAAAGGCAAAGAUUACAUUUUUCUAACAUUUUUUAAAAGGUCUUUUGUGUGAAUCAAAAGUCUUUAUGCAGUUUAACAAGUGUUUUGCUAUACCACAUGGCAUAUAUACAUUUUUUUUUCAAACUUCAGAUUGACUGAUCAAAUGUUUAACUGCUAACAAGGAAAUAUAAAAAAGGAUAUGAGGUUGAAUUGAUGAUUUCUCAUUUCCUUUGUUUCUCUGUUUUUAAAUUUCAACAGGGUUACGGCAACAACGUUGAAAUGGAGGACCUUAUGCCUUCCUGAGCGAUCAGAACAGAUUUCAUGAACAGGCUUGUACUGUUGGAUCAAAGAUGAUGAAAGAGCCUAAAGAUGAAACUGAAAACAAUGAGAACAGAAAAAAUAUUUCUAGCACAGUACCCAAUGGCAUCUCAGGGGAUCCGGCAAAAACCUUGGGUCUGUUGCACGGUUUACGCGUGUGUCAGGAUGCCUGGGCUCCCAAAAGCCCAUGGGACAGACAUGGGGCACACACUGCUCUAUGGGGCAGACCUGCUGGGAGUUUCCUGGUUGUCCAAGGGUCUUUGUCCCAAGAUCAGCUUCUCUGUGUGUCUGUGGGGGACAGUGGGGAGCCAGUCAAAGAAUUCUCUAUCAUGACCACUGAAAAAGCCCUUCGACUGACAGCAUCACACCUGGCUUUCCCUGAUCUCUUUCAGCUGCUGCAUUUCUACACACUGAGCAGGGAUGUAUUGCCUGUGUGUUUACUGGUUCCCUCAUGGGUUUACACCCUUAAGAAUCUACCGGAUCAUCUUGUUCCUCUGCUUGGUCCAAAGACCUGGCUGUGCCCAUCCUCAGAUCUUCAGGCCAAAAGUAGCAUGACUCCAGAAACAGCAGAAACAGCAGAGACAGUUAUGUGCACUAUACAGGUUACAGCUGCCAGUGGAGCUAUGUGCUUCAUCAAUCCCUUAUACCUUCAUGAGCACGGUGAUGAUUGGCUCACUCAUUCUUCAGCCAACCCAGUCAGACAUCCAUUAAGGCGAGACAAGCGGUUAAGUACCACAAGAACUUGGGAAGGGAGAGGACUGAAAAAGAGGUCAUCUUCACCAGCUGAGGACUGUAGCACUUUCAACAAUGACAGAGGAUCAUUUGAGAAGACUCCUGUGACUCCAUCUACAACCCCAGGUGGAGUUGUGCUUCGUAGGGCAAGUGGUACCAGCAAGGAAGACCCCUUAAAAAGAGCAAGCACAGACUCUAUUCAAAGCCCUCUUCCUCAGUCACCACACCGUGUGUCUUGGAUAGAAGACAAGAUAUGGCUGAACUCACCACUUCCUUCCUCUCAGCUUCAACCACCCUGCUUAGAGCUGGACUCGUUAUCAGUCAGCAGUAUAGAGGAGGAGUCAGAACCAGCGUUGAGCCCCUCCCCUUCCUUGCCUUCACACCGCUUCCAGUUGGCAGAUAAGAUGAAGAACCGCCUCUCUGCAGUGGGACAGGCUAUAGGUGGACUGAUGUCGCCACAGAGGAGACUGAGUAAUCGUGUUCAGGAGAUGGCAGAACGAAAGAGUGGGGCUUUUGCAGAGGCUGUAAGGGAGUUUAUAGAGCAAACACUUACAAGUGAACCAACUCCUGAAAUAACCUACACGGAGAUGCUACAGGAAGUGCGUUCAUCUCUCACUGCUCUGAGGGAAAUCCUGUUUGACUCUACAGAGAUCCAAAGCAUCACAGACAGUUUUGGAGACACACCAGAUUUUGAGCUGGAUUCCAUGCUGGAACUUGCCUUGCACAAAGUAGCUUUAAAGCCAGUCUACUCUCACCUUUACGUGUGUCUGAAGACAGCACGCAGGGAUGAUGGCACUCUGCAGCGUUUAGAGGCCAACAAGAGCAUACUGGAGGACCGCAACCUGGAGGAGCUGGAGGGUGCAGCGGGGGCUGGGGUUCCUGAUUCCAGCGUGAUGGAAAAGAUCCUGCAACGAUGGACCGCAAUGCAUGAAGCCUACUCGCCUAGUAAAAAAGUUGGCACCCUGCUCAAAGUCUGCAAGAAUAUCUACCAUAGCAUGAAUGCUAAUGCUAAACCUGGUACUGUUUUUGGGGCAGAUGACUUCCUGCCGUGCCUGACAUGGGUGCUGCUGCGUAGUGAUGUAGCUACACUUCAGGUUGAUACUGACUACAUGAUGGAGCUGCUGGACCCCAUGCAACUACAAGGGGAAG